AUGGUGCUAGUGAUCAAGGAUUUCAACGACAACUUGGAGAGCUUGUUCGCGGAUGCGAAAUCUAAAGGUGCAAUCCUAAUGAGCGGUGAUAUCGACCAAAGCGAGGAACCCCAAGCCUUGCACUUACUUCAGGAGGCGACUGCCGAUGAAGGUGAGAACAUUACGGAGACGGCGAGUAUGAAGCUCGGGACACUCCAGUCAACCACCGCCGCGCCAUCUGCCUUACCCAAGGAUGCGCGGAUAAUUGCUAAAGAGGCAAACGCUAUCCCGCAAGGCUACGCAGAUGGCACUAAGGUGAUUACUCAUAGGAAGGAGCCCGAAGCAAAGAUCGAUGAGCUACCUAAAGCAUCGAAGGCACUCGAGCUCUAUAUCGUAGGGAAGAGUAAAGGUGUUCUAACCCUUGCUUAA